CCAGUGUUUGUUGCUGCUUCCUGAGAGUCGUGAAACAUGGAGUCUCUGGUGGCACUUGUCCUCACCCUCGCUGCCGCAGCUCUGGGCGUCUGGUACCUGCUGGGGGUUUUCCGGCAGCGCCGUCCUGGAGAGCCCCCUCUGGACAAGGGGCUGGUUCCCUGGCUCGGUCAUGUCCUGGAGUUUCGCAGGAACACCAUGAAGUUCCUGGAGAGGAUGCAGCAGAAGCACGGCAAUGUCUUCACCGUACGGCUGGGGGGCCACUACGUGACCUUUCUUCAGGAUCCCUUCUCUUUGGGCGCUUUUACCAAAGAGAGCCGGGAAAAGCUGAAUUUCAACAAGUUUGCUGAGCAGCUGGUGCUGCGAGUGUUUGGCUACAGAGCUAUUGAGGGGGGUCACGACAUCCUGAUCUCCUCCAGCAACAAGCACCUGAAGGGCGACGGCCUGGAGGUCAUGACUCAGGCCAUGACGACUAACCUACAGAACCUCAUGCUGCACAGCAUCAGAUCUGGUCCAGACCACAGGACCUGGGUUGAAGAUGGACUCUUCGUGUACUGUUACAACGUGGUGUUCAGAGCUGGCUACCUGUCCUUGUAUGGAAACCAGCCUCACACAAGUGAGGGCAGUGAGGAGACGGCCAAGGAGAGAGACAGAAGGGAGUCGGAGGCUUUGUUCCAUGAAUUCCGGAAAUAUGACCAGCUGUUUCCCAACCUGGCUUACGGGAUUCUGACCCCCAAAAAACGGCUGGAGGUGCAGAGACUGUUGGAAUUCUUCUGGGAUGCCUUGUCAGUGGGCAAGAUCAAGUCCAGAGACAACAUCGGUGGAUGGGUGAGGGACUUGCAGCGAGCCAAAGAGCAGAGGGGGAUGAAGGAGGACAUGAUAUCCAGGUACAUGUUUGUGCUUCUCUGGGCGUCGCAGGGCAACACUGGGCCCUCUUCCUUCUGGCUUCUCCUCUUCCUCAUGAAGCACCCAGAAGCCAUGGAGGCUGCCAAGAAAGAGGUGGAGGAGAUCGUGAAACAGUCUGGGCAGGAGGUCAGUCGGGACGGUCCUUUGCUGGACGUGAGCCGUGAAAUGCUGAUGAAAGCGACGACCCUGGACAGCAUCAUUGAAGAGACCCUCAGACUCACAGCUGCCCCCCUCCUCACGCGGGCAGUGCUUCAGGACAUGACCAUCAAGAUGGCCGACGGCCGCGAGUACUUGCUUCGCCAAGGCGACAGGAUGGCGGUGUUCCCCUACAACGCUGUCCACAUGGACCCGGAGAUCCACCCGGACCCUCUCUCCUUCAGGUACGACCGCUUCCUCCGUCCAGACGGGAGCAAGAAAAGCGACUUUUUCAAGGGAGGGAAGAAGGUCCGCUACGGCACCAUGCCCUGGGGCGCCGGGGUCUCCAUGUGUCCGGGCCGGUUCUUUGCCACCAACGAGCUGAAGCAGUUUGUUUUCCUCAUGCUGGUCUACUUCCAGUUCGAGCUCAAGGAUCCUGAGGAGAAGGUCCCGGACAUCGAUAACAGACGAUGGGGAUUUGGAUCCAUGCAGCCGGACAGAGAAGUUCAGUUCCGGUACAGACUCAAGUACUGAUCUGCUCCAUUUGUUUAAGUUUGUUUUUGUGAUGUGGCUGAAUGGGAAUAUCAACGACACAAAUGGCUCCGUGUUGGACACUGAAAUGAUUCCAGAUUCACUUCAUCACUGGUUCAUGUUAGUUCUCCCGCUGUCUCCACUCGCUAUCAAACAUGCAAUCCACAACUUCAAAGAACAAUAAUAAAAAUAUUAAUAUGGCAGUCGUGGCAGUCUUCAGUUUUGCUUUGUCAGCAAGUUCAUCACUGAAACAAUGAUUCAGAAUAAAGUUGUUUUUAAAACGUGGUGUGUUUUCCUGUAUAUUUUUAUUAGGAAGAAAAAAAAGACUAAAUAAGAGAAUACCAAAUGACAGAAAGCAAAUCCAAGAAAGCAGGAAAACAAAUGUUUGAACUGAAAAGAAUCAAAAGUCAAAUUGAAUCACGUGAACGGAGAGUCGGG